UCUGCCACUCCCCCAUUGGCUCCUGGCAGCCUGUGCUCUGUGAGCGAGCGCUGAGAGGGCUGAUCGACAGGGGGAGACUCUCAUCUAUAAAAGGGGAGUAAGGCUCCAGAACUGCCAAAGGGGACUUGGUAGCCCUCACCGCUUCCUCUGUGGCACUUCUCUGAGCUAGAGUCAGGGUGCCUUCCGAAUCUUGGACCGGCCACCCUACCACCUGAUCAGCCAGAAGCCUGCCAGGGACAAAGCAGUAAGCAGGUCAUUCAUCCCCCCGGCUUUGAGAUCUGCGCGGGGGAGCUCUUGAAACAGCUGCAGCAGGGAAGAGUGAGACAGAAUGGCGUGGUCCAGGCUGAUGCUAGCAGCCUGCCUCCUUGUGAUGCCCUCUACUGUUGCAGCGGACUGCCUGUCCCUGUGCUCCCUAUGUGCAGUGAGGACUCAGGAUGGGCCCCAUCCCAUCAACCCCCUGAUUUGCUCCCUGGAGUGCCAGGACCUGGUGCCGCCCUCAGAGGAAUGGGAGACAUGCUGGGGCUUCUUGUCUUUUCUCACUCGGUCUGCCUCUGGGUUCCGCGGCAAGGAUGACUUGGAGAAUGAGGUUGCUUUGGAAGAAGGCUACACUGCACUGACCAAGCUCUUGGAGCCCCUCCUGAAGGAGCUGGAGAAAAGCCGACUCCUUUCCAGCGUCUCAGAGGAAAAGUUCAGGGGACUCUCCGGUAGGUAUGGCAACGGAAAAGAAUCUGAGCUGGUGGGUGCCGACCGGAUGAACGAUGAACCUGCCGCACAGGGGGCCACACUCCAUUUCAAUGAGGAGGACUUGAGAAAACAGGCCAAACGCUAUGGCGGCUUUUUGCGCAAAUACCCCAAGAGGAGCUCUGAGAUGACGGGAGAGGAGGACGGGGGCCAGGACGGGGGCCAGGACGGGGGCCAGGAUGGGGAUCAGGUAGGGCAUGAGGACCUGUAUAAACGCUAUGGGGGCUUCCUGCGGCGCAUUCGCCCCAAGCUGAAGUGGGACAACCAGAAGCGCUAUGGUGGUUUCCUGCGCCGUCAAUUCAAGGUGGUGACUCGGUCCCAGGAGAAUCCCAAUACCUAUUCCGAAGAUCUAGAUGUUUGAUGCAUAACACUUGCCCUCCAUGGAGUUGGGUCUGCCCCCCUUCCUGUUCUAGAGCCCUCUGCUUUACCCUCUUGUGCUUGUUCCUCCGCUUGCUCCAUUCAGCCCUCCCAUGAAAACAUCUAAGCCCAGCCCACCCCUGUUCUGCCUUGGAGUUCAGUGGUGUUAGUUUGUAGGUAGGGGCAAGGAAGAGUGGAGAUCCCCUAUCAAUAAGGCCCAGGGUCCAGCUCAAACCCCGAGACCUCUAAACUACCACUACUAGAGGUAGCUUUUUGACAUCAGCGCAACCGCACUGUCCCUGUGACCCCUCCCCACCCCAGAAUCCAGAGAAACUUGUUCUUUGUACCUAUAGGUCUGUGGUUUCCAAACUUCACUGAUAGUGUGCUCCUCUCGGAAGAAAAAUGAACACUCCCUGAUAGUACUGCAUGUGAACCGUGAGACACACAGUGUAGAAACAUAAAACCGGAUAUAUGCAAAUGAAGAUCCUAACUGAAUUCUCAGCCACAGAGGCUCUUCUUAUGUACCCUACUCUGGAGGCCACAGGCUAAAUGAAAAGCCUUUUCAAGGACGGGGAUUAUAACCCUAGAGAGGCCAGGGCUCUAGCAUGCUAAUUGUCUGUGCAUCCAGAAUCCUCGUGGUUUCAAACGUGUCCUGGAAAAGCCCAGCUCCUAGACCCUGGUUAGGGAGUGCCUUUCCCAAGAGUGAAAUCCCCUUGCUCAUGAUGAAAAGCCACCCUUCUGAAGGCUGAAAUGAUAAGGAGGGAGCAAAGCAAACUAAUUUGUUCUGUACAACAAAUUCAGAAUUUGGGCCAGUUCCCACAGCCCUCAUUAAAAACGAUCAGCAUCACACUUCUAGCCCAUGAGGAACUGCAUCGGAGUGAGCUGAUGCGGCUGAGCACAGCUGUGUUCUUCAGUAGUCGAGUUGGCUGCGGGAGCUGGAGCCAUUUGGCUGAGCCAUUUGGCCCAGCAUGUGCACUGGCACUGGAAAGGGGGAUCCAGAAGCAGUAGUUGAAGGAGAGACUGUCUCGCCUCAGUACUACAGUGAUCCUCAUUCUCUAUGUCUCCAAAUAAAAGCAGAGGAAGAAGAAAACAACUGAGUGUUCAGGAUCAAGUGGAUUCGCUGGAUUCAAAUAACCCAGCAUGAGAGGCAAGGUCCUCCUUGGUUUCAUCUCUCCAUCUCCAGGCAAAUAUUUAGACGAUGGGUUAAGGAGAUGGGGUUGGACGGGAAAGGAAGCCCGGGCUUGCAUAUUUGCAUAAGGUAUCUUGAGUGUCCCUUUCCACACACAGCCUGUAGAACUCUUCAUGUGUUCUGAAAUGUAUAGAAUGUCUUACAGUACUUGUGUGCUGCUUAAAAAUCACAUUUAUCCAACUUACUUGGAACAUGUAAGCCCUUAAUAAGUCUGUGUAGUUUCCUGCUUCUCUGGUAUAAUAAAUAAAGUUACACAGAUGGCUUGCUUUGUUUGCAUGAA